AUACGAGGCUUAAGAUCCGAACCCGGAAUGACGGACCUCUACGCAAAAAGAGAGAUGUCGGGGACCAACAUGCAAAAAUCUCCUUAACUGAGCUCGUUGGAAUCCUGCCUGGUCUCAGAUAGGAAAUCCUAGCGCGUGCGUGAAUGGGCGAAGGUCCGUACGAUCUCGGACGCAUGAUGCGGUGUGGACGGAGACGAAAAGGUAAAUACCGUGCCAUCUUCGAACCAGCGACCACAGUCUUGAACCAACUGUACGUCGACACAUGGUCGGUGGAUGGUCCCACAGACUCUCCUGUUCUCCUCACCGCUAAUUAAAUUGGCCCCUACAGCUCAAACUUUGACGUGCUCGUUUCGGAUACAGCUGCGGACUCUCUCUCUCUCUCUCUCUCUCUCUCUGUCGUUUCUUCUCCCAAUUGUUUAUCAUUAUUGGGAAAAUAAUAGAGGGGGGAAGCGGAGUUGGAUUCCAAAGGUAUGCAAGUUCGAUUUUGUCGGAUAUUUCUUUUGGAAGAGAAAUGAUUGUUCUUUCGUAUUUCGUUAUUCGGUGAUAGCUUAGGAAACGGAAUGAUUCCUCAGGGAAUGUUACAUUGCACAGAUCUGAUGUUAGCAUAGGCUUUCUCAUUGUUCUUUGGGCAUUUGGAGUAAAUAUUUGAAUACGGAUCCUCUCAUUUCUUUUCUUCCUAUUUCUGUUUGGAGAGAAGUAUUUGUGGCUGUAGCUUGUCACAUUCUGUUCCCCUCUUUCCAAGUAAAAGGUUUUCGAGGUGGCAAUCCGUCCCUUUGCUUUGGUAAUUAUCUUUCUGUUGUUCUUGACAUCCAAUUAGUGUCUUAGUCGAGACUCUGCUUUCCUGCAAGACGCGGCGUUAAACCCCUUCAUAACCAAUAGCCAUGACGUAUUUUUUGUUUCUUAAGAAACCUAGCAUUAGAUCUCUUUAUGGAUUGGAGCCAUCCUAUAGUUUUUCUAGCAAGUAUUAUUCUAGGUUGUAAUGACAUAAUGAACCUGAUGCAAUUGCUUUGCAUAUUACUAUUCGAAACCUAAUUAGAAAGACGAACACCUUCUCAACAUCUGAUGAUUGUAUUGGUUUUGAAUUUUGAUGUCUUUUUCUCUUUAGUGUGUGCAUACUCUGUUGUGUUCAUGAGAAGCGUGGAGGUUGAUGUGGUUAUAUGCAACAUUGUUGGUUUUGAAUUCUUACCGAGUUUAUAGAACUAGGAAGGAAAAAGAAAAAGAUCUUGCAUUUUUUAGUUUUGUCAUUUAUUAGGUAAAAAGAUUUUGGCUUCUUUCCCAUGUAAUUUCAAAUUGUAAAAUAAGUUUAGCUGAACCAUGACUCAGUAAAAUGAAGAUGAUUAGAUGAAAAGAAAGAUUCGUGUCUUGUGUGUGAAACUGCAUACAUUAGAUUUAUCUACUCCGGUAGGGUUAUACCCCUGAAUGAUCUUUUGAAGAAGUGAUGUUCCUAAAUGUGUGUUUCUGUAGCCAUUCUGAGUGCAUUCCUUUCACUACUUGAUAACUUUUACCAUUGGGUUUGCCUUACUACUGCAUCUCAUCCCCUUUUCAUGGUUUUGAGUUUAGUGUCAGAUAUGACAUUUUUUCUUCCUGGCCAACAGAAUCUCGAAGGAAAUCAAGAUUUAACAAUUGAGGGUAGCAUGCCCUUGUAGCUAAAUAAGCAAAUAUCUCACCAAUGCGCUCCAGGAGAACAAGUUGGAUAUCUGCUUGUUAUCAUCCAUUCUUUGUUGGUGUAGUAUGCUUCCUGUUUAUAGUGUACAAGCUUUUUCCUUCUCUAUUUUCUCUUCUUUUAAAUUCUUCCCCUGUCAUUGCUUGCACAACUCUCCUUCUUGGAAUCUUUCUGAGUUAUGGUGAACCGAAUGUUCCUGAGAAUAAAAAAGAUCAUAUUAAUAUGACUCAAACGAGUUCAUCGCUGAAGAUUGAGCCAGUUGCAAAUGAUCUUGGGUGCAAGAAUGAGGAAAACUUCAAAGUGGAGGCUCAUCUGGGAGGAAGAAGAGGAAAAGCAACUAAGAGAACGACCAUCAAAACAAUUGCUUCGGGUGUUAGAAGACUUAGUGCAGCUAGCAGAGCUGUUAAGGAAGAUGAGGUCAAUCAAAUGGAUGCGACUUCUGUCGAUUCUAAUUCUUUUGUUGAGGAAGAUCACAGUAAGAAUAACUUCAUUGAAGAAAAAGGAUAUCACAUAGGAAAUCUAGCUGAAGGUUUGCAGAAUAUGAAAGAACAUAUUGGUCGUGUAAUUGCUUUGAGUUUCACAGUUCUCAGUGCAAAAGCAAAUAGAACUAAAUUGGACCCUUCUGAUCCAUGUUUGGAUUCACAAUGGCGUGACAACCACCAGGAUGAUUCUUCAUAUUCUAAAUCUAACGGGAAAGAGAUGUCUGACUCUCAUGCGGCAAAUGGUGUCUCUGUUCUUGAUGAACUUGAUCCGCUUUUAGACUCCGAAACUUCUCAAGCUGACCUGGUUUCCAAGGACAACGCUGAUGAUGGUUCUGUAUCAUUCUCACAGAACCAUGUAUCGGAAGAUGGCAGCGGGGAGGAGGAAGCAGAAACUCAGGAUGACGAUGAUGAUGAAGAGGCACAGGAGGAGAAAGAUGAUGGAAAUAAAGCUGCUGUAACAUGGACUGCAGAUGAUCAGAGGACUCUCAUGGAGCUGGGUAACACUGAACUCGAAAGGAAUCUUCGGUUAGAGAUUUUAAUUGCCAAACGAAAAGCUAGCAAGGCAAUGGAAAAAAAUCUAAUAGACUUGGAUGAUAAUAUAGAUGAGAUAUUGCAAUCUCACGGUCAUCUUCCAUCAGUUAAUGCACCAAGAAGGAACCCGUUCGAUCUCCCUGAUGUUUUAGAUGAAUCUGUUCCAGGUUCAGCUCCUUCUGUUCUCCUACCAAGACGAAAUCCAUUUGAUCUUCCUUACGAGCAGGUGGAUGAUGAGGAGAAUUCGAGCCAUAAAGAAUUUGUUGCAGUUCCACAACAUGAUAUACCGUUGAGAAGGCAUGAAAGCUUCACUGUUGGUGCUUCAUUCUUUAGUGACUUCAAUCAAGAGAAACAUUCUUCAAGGUUUAUGCCUUAUUUUGGUGCAGAGGAGAUGGAUUUUGCUGAUCCACAGAGAAAAUUAAGAGAAAUUAGUGAUUCAAAUGUGAAAUCUACUUUAAAAUCUGAUACAGUUUCUUCGGUUACCGAUCAGGAACAUCCAAAAGACUUGCAUCGAUUGACUGGAUCUCCCAUUACGAAUAGUGCAGGAUCUGCUGAAAAUGACAGUCAAGUAGAGAGUCAGAUGAAGAUGAAUGAUGAUCAUACAAAUCAUUUGAAUCAUAGCAUAAUGAUGGAACAAACUCAUCAAGCCACUGAAAAUAUUGGAGCUGUCGAAUAUAACACCACGGGAGGGUCAGAAUCAAGGUCACCCAUUUCAUAUGCUGUGAGGUCUGAAGUGACCAAGGAGGUUUGCGAGUCGAGCUCCACUUCAUUGGAAGCAGAAAAGAAUACCUCCAGAAUAAGCACUCACGAACAAAUAUCUAACCAGGAACAAAUAACUAGUGGUUCCUCAAAGGACUCCAUGGUUUCAGCUAAAUCAGUUGCUGCAGAUUCUGACACCGGGAAUAUGAAAGCAGAUCAUGUUCAUGAUGGUCAUGUUGUGGAACCUGUUUAUGAUUCUAGUCCAACACAAACGGAGAAAUCACACUCAAAUUCUGCACUUGAUGAGGCUCCCUACAUUGCAGCAGAAAGAAAUGUUCCACCAAGUAGUGAUGCACCAUCUGCCAAUGGAUUUAUCUGGUUUGCAUCUCCGAGUCUAGCAUCGGUAGACGAGAAUGAAGCAGCAUCAAGGGAGAUAUCAGUAAUCAAGGAGCUUGAUGUUAUCGGAGAUGAAGCCAGAGUUCGGAAAGACUCUGGUCGUCCACUUUGGCGUAUUUUGCCGUCGCCAGCAGCCAGGAAGAGAACGCUUCACUCAAGCUUGUCUGCCGUGGAGAUUCAAUCAAAUGAAGGUAGUUAAAAACUUGAAACCAACAAGAGAGUAUCUGCAAAUAAAUUCAUCUUAUUCAACUUCAUGUCAUGCAAAUAUAGAAGAUUAGAACGACCAUAUGUGCCAUCAAAAAGUCAACUGUCAUUUUCUUGUUGAUUUCGUUAAAUCUCAAGGCAAUUGUAAAUUUGUAUCAUUUUUUUUCUUGGUUACUGAAUUUGUUAAUGAAAAUGUCAAUAAAUUCACUUGCUUAAGUG